CAGGAAACCACCCUAGCGACCGAGUACACAAACUUAUAUACUUAUUGGAAUAGUUAUAUUAAGCCAGUCUACAGACAAGAUAAUUUUCGUACACAUACCUAAUAAUAUGAUGUGAAUAAUAAAACAAUAAUCGUGCCACGUUUUAAAAUGUGAAAAUAUCCAUCAUAAGAUUUUUAACAAUUAUUUUUCAUUAGAACUAAUAAAAUGAAUUUACAUAAUAGUUGGUAAAUAGGCAUUUUAAAAACAAUUUUGUUGCAACAUGAUUGAAAAUGUCGACAAACGCCGCACGGCGUCUUCGGCGUCUAAUCUUUCAAGUCUUUCGGAACGCGACAUCGAGUACAAGCAACCUGUGUAUUUUAUACCUGAUAAAGAUCUUGAAGCGCAAUUUGAAACCGAUCAUCUUGAUAGGCAAGGUUCACAAAUGUGUAAAUUGGACAAGAUGGGAAAACAACAGUUCAUGUCCAUACCAGACCGUCGAGUAAUUGAUAGGAGCACAUUCAAGCGGUUAAAAAACAAAGCUGUGGUAGUGACCGCGGAAGAUCGGCGAAAAAAAGUCGAGGACUUGAUGGCUGACAGAGAGAGGCUGGAAAGCGAAAGCGCUGCCAGGAAGCAAAAACUACAGAGCUAUGACGUACUUAGAACUAAAGGAAAACAACUUGCACAGUUGGACGAUGAAGCAAAUAAGAAGUCCAAUUACCUUCUGGCUCGAGCACAACAAUUGCGACAGGACCAAGAAGAUGAAAUAAAACAGUGUAACUCUCUGAUAUUAAGUACCAAGUGUCAUGCCAUCCGAAACGCUCAAAUUGCUGAAAAACAACUUAUUCAGAAAGAAAUGAAAGAAGAGGAACGUAGGAUGGAAGAAAUGAUGGAACGGGAACGAUCGUUGGCCGCUAAAGAGCUCGAAAAGGCAGCGGAAGUGGAGAGGCAAAAAAAAAAAUUCCAAGCAGUUGAGGUGGAGAAACAAAUAAAAGAGAACGAGAUCGCCAGGGAAAUGGAGUUGGCUAGGAUGGCGGAGGAAGCGAUGAUUCGAGCGGAAGCGGUGAACAAGAUCCGGCACGACGAGGCUGAAAGGUACAAGUCGAGAAUGGAAAAACAGGCGCAACUACGCAAGGAGUACAUGUUGCUCAACGCACAGAUAAGAGAUUCGAAAAAGCUGGAAGAAGAGAUGAAUAACAUCGAAGUGCUGCAGAUACAAGAGUACACGCGCAAAAAAAACGAACGAGAAAUAGCGUUUGAGCGAGAAGUACAAAAGCAGAAACUACUGAAGGAGAAGGCUAUUGCCAAGAUACAGGCGAGUCAACAAGCUACGUACGAUUUGCGAGCUACCAAAGACGAGUUAAACGCGCUCAGAGUCAGAGACCAGGUAGAGCGGGAGUGGCGCCGUAAAGAACGAGAAGAGGCCAUCAAAAAAGUUGCAGUAGAAGAAGAAUUAAACGCGACCAGGCGCAAACAGAUCGAAGACCAAAGAAUAGCGUACGCGUUUGAAAUUCAAAGAGAGAAGGAUGAAACCGAAAAAAUCGCUAAACUUAACAUCGAAGACAUCAAAAAGAGUAAAGAAAUGGACGAAAAAAAUAGAAUGAAAAUCGAAGCACAUCGUAGAAACCUAUUAAAACAGAUUAACGAUAAAGAACAGGAAAAGAUACUCGAAAGGAAAAGGUUCUUCCAAGAAGGCAUAAAGCUGAAACAAGAAGAGCUUGCCAGACAAAAAAUGUUACGGGAUACAAUGCACAAUAAAAUCGAGGAACUCAAGAUGCACAACGUACCGGAAAAGUUUGUUCAAGGGAUUGUGAGACAACUCAAGUUACAUAAAUAAUAAGAUACUUUCGACGAUGCUAGUAUUUCCGGAGGAAUUGUUUUCAUAAUAAAUACCUAAUACGUCAGCAUAUUAAAAUAAUUCCCAUCACUUAUCAACUUAUUACUAAUGUACACCUCAUAUAUGACAUAUUAUUAUACCUACUGUCCUACUACAAUAGGCACGUUCCAAUCGAUCGUGUAAUUGUUGAAUUUCACACUCAAAAUGAGAUUCUCGGCGACAGUAUAAUGGAAUUCUCGUGUAAAUUAUUAACAUAGAGGAAGUACCACGUUCGAAUCGGUUUCGAUUGAAUGAUCACAAAAUAUUAGAUUCCGUAAGCUAUUUUUGCGAUAACAUUAUGAUAUAAAUGUAUAAGUCGUUAUUUACCGCUAGAACAAUUUAUGGAAACUUAAAAUGUCAUAAGUUCACUGCGGUAGACUUGUCUCCAACUACGAUGUUGCGUCUACGUGCUACGUAUAUCCAAUACUUUUCGUGUUAAAAAUAAUAACUUAAACUUUGCAUGAUCUUCUACAAAAAAUACUGCUAUGAGUUAUGAAUUAUACUUUGGAUAGGUUUGAUCCAGAAACUAAACGAAUGAUAAAUAGAAUCAUUAGGGUUUUAAGUUAACCAUAGUAUAGUAUUAUAGUAGCAGUACUAUCACAGUAAAUGUAUUUCAAUUUUUAGUUUCAUUCGUAUUUUAUGUCGUAGUAGAGUAGAAACAAUAAUUAUAAUAGAAUAAAUGAAUAAAAUCAAAUACAACUAUUAAACAUUAAACU